AGUUCUUGAGUUUUUCUCUUCCUACUUUUCCUAUCUUGCUUACAUGUCAUGGGGGUUCACCGUCCAUUUGAGCCAAUCUCUAAAUGCAGCAGCGAAGGUCGGUCCAAUCAGACAGUGGCUGCCGACUUAGAUGGCACGCUGCUCGUGUCACGUAGUGCUUUUCCUUACUUUCUGCUGAUUGCUCUGGAAGCUGGCAGCCUCAUACGCGCACUCCUCCUACUAGUGGCAUGCCCCUUUUUGUAUUUUGCAUACUUGUUCAUCUCUGAAUCAUUCGCAAUCCAAUGUUUCAUCUUCAUUGCCUUCGCUGGGUUGAAAAUGCGAGACAUCGAGCUUGUUUGUAGGUCCGUCUUGCCAAAGUUCUACGCAGAAGAUGUUCAUCCGAAAACAUGGAGAGUUUUCAAUGCGUUUGGGAAAAGAUAUAUAAUCACCGCGAAUCCUAGAGUCAUGGUAGAACCGUUCGCCAAGACCUUCUUAGGUGCGGACAAGGUCAUCGGAACAGAGUUGGACGUAACCAAAUCAGGCAGAGCAACAGGGUUGGUGAAGAAACCAGGAGUUCUUGUCGGAGAACACAAAAGAAAUGCCAUCUUGAAAGAAUUUGACACCAACAACCCACCAGAUUUAGGCCUCGGAGAUAGAGAAUCUGACCAUGAUUUCAUGUCAUUAUGCAAGGAAGGAUAUAUGGUACCAAGGACAAAGUGCGAUCCUUUACCAAGAAACAAGCUUCUCAGCCCUAUUAUCUUCCAUGAGGGCCGGUUAGUUCAAAGACCAACGCCGGUCGUCGCCCUCUUGACCUUUUUAUGGCUGCCGAUCGGCUUCAUUCUCUCCCUUUUCCGAGUCUACACGAAUAUUCCUUUACCGGAGAGAAUUGCUCGGUAUAACUACAUGCUUCUUGGAAUCAAAGUCAUCGUUAAAGGCACGCCGCCGCCGCCACCAAGGACGGGACAAAGUGGGGUUCUCUUUGUAUGCAACCACCGUACCGUGUUAGACCCUGUUGUUACUGCCGUUGCAUUGGGAAGAAAAAUCAGCUGCGUCACUUACAGUAUCAGCAAGUUCACCGAAAUCAUUUCUCCAAUCAAGGCCGUUGCUUUGUCCCGGGAGAGAGAGAAAGAUGCCGCGAAUAUCAAACGGCUUCUGCAAGAAGGUGACUUGGUGAUAUGUCCAGAAGGGACCACCUGCAGGGAACCGUUUUUAUUGAGAUUCAGCGCUCUGUUCGCCGAACUGACGGACAGGAUCGUACCCGUGGCGAUUAACACGAAGCAGAGUGUGUUUCAUGGGACCACCGUUCGCGGGCACAAGCUUUUGGAUCCUUACUUUGUGUUCAUGAACCCGAUGCCGACCUACGAGAUCACGUUCUUGAAACAGUUGCCGACGGAGCUAACGGUCAAGGGAGGGAAAUCGGCAAUUGAGGUGGCGAAUUAUAUCCAGAGGGUGCUUGCCGGAACUCUUGGAUUCGAGGGCACUAAUUUUACCAGGAAGGAUAAGUAUGCUAUGCUGGCGGGUACAGACGGACGUGUUCCGGUGAAGAAGGAGAAGGAAAACCAAAAUGGAAAGGAGAAGGCUUGAGUAAGGAAAAAAUAAAAUUAAAGACAUCCUGUAGACUUUAUAUGAAAUUAUUUAAAUAUUUUUAAUAAAUUUUUUAUAUUAAUUUAUUAAAAAUAUUUAAAUAAUUUUAUAAAAAAUUUUAAUAUUUUAAUUUUAGGUCAUCUCAAAUUAUAUCUUUAGCAAAAAGAAAAAAAAAAGAGAAAAAUUUUAGAGCCAUGAAAGUUUAAAGGGGAAAUUACAAAUUAAGCAGAAAGCAGGAA